AUGUAUUGUCAGAAGUGUCGCACUCCUGUGAAGCUGGAUGGCUCCUUGGAGUCGCUCAAUCCAGCCGCCUUCGACCUGCUUAUCGGCUCUACGGGUAAAACGCUCCCAGAAGACACAAGUGUCUCUUCUUCCCGAUCCUCAUACCCACCAGAGCGACGAGAGCUGUACGAUCGCGUGUCCAAGAAUGUCAACUCGCCCGUCUAUCGGCGGUCGAUUCCCGCACCUCGCCAGGGUCGCGGCCCCCAGAACUAUCCUCCUCGGGUAGGACGCGGCGACAGCGGCAACAUGUCUUUUGUCAUGCUGACAGAGUCGCAAGUUGGACCUCCUGUGACUCAAGCUGGGGGUAACGGAGGAGGCUCGUCGGCGAAAGGAACGCGCGCAAAGGGCGCUCAGCAGAAUGAGAGUGGAGCCGAAGAAACGUCGUUUUCUGACCAGGUAGAACGCACGAGUCGGCUGUUUGAAAUAAUCUCCUCCCGUUCGGACAUCGAUCACCCCAUCUGCGCUGAAUGCACGGAGAUGCUGGUGGAUGGCCUCCAGAAGCGACUGGUGGAUGCGACAAAAGAGCGCGAUGCGUACAUCUCGUUCCUGCGCAAUAUCAAUUCGUCAGUCCCGUCAGCGGAGGAGGUUGAGGCUGCCGAAAGGUCUCUGAAGGAGACCCUGGAGGCGGAGCAGGCUGCAUUUGCGGAGUUGGUCCAGCUUGAAAAAGAAAAAGCCGCGUUGGACGAAGAAAUCGGUCGCCUGGAAGAAGAAUCUCGCGAAUUGGAUAUGGAGGAGGAACAGUUCUGGCGUGAUCGGAACGCGUUUGCCUUGACUCUGGCCGACUUUCAAAAUGAACGUGAUGCACUGAAUAUGAGAUACGACCACGAUGCGCGACAACUCGAACGAUUACAGCGGACCAACGUCUACAACGAUGCUUUCUGUAUUGGCCACGACGGAUAUUUCGGAACGAUCAACGGCCUGCGGCUGGGACGUCUCACCAACCCCUCGGUAGAUUGGCCUGAGAUCAAUGCCGCGUGGGGGCAGACAGCACUGCUUCUAGCCACAAUCGCCGAUAAACUGGGGUUCCAGUUCCAGGGUUAUCAGCUGAAACCGAUGGGGUCAAUGUCGCGGAUCGAAAAGAUCGAUUACCCGCAGGCGUCGCCGGCUCAGUCCGCUAUCAGUGGGCUGACUGCGACGACAUCAGGACCAGUCAAAAUCACCGUCCUUGACCUCUUUUCCUCUGGUGACCUGCCGCUGAGUCUCCCCUGGCUACACCGCCGCUUUGACGCAGGAAUGGUGGCGUUUCUGGAAUGCUUACGUCAACUUGGGGAAUUCGUGGAGAAGAAUCCAGCGCCUGUGUCUUCGACCCGGCGUGGUCAUGGAGGCAUGGCCGCCGGCGGGCUAUCCCUCCCGUACGUCAUCAGACGGGAGAAGAUUGGGGAUGCCAGUAUCAAACUGGGCUUCAACCAGAAUGACGAAACCUGGACGCGUGCGUGCAAGUACACACUCACCUGCUGCAAAUUCCUACUGGCCCAUGUGAGCAACGUCGCUAGCGCUGGGUCAAGUAAUUCUGCCGCAGUUGCGGCCGCAGCGGUCGCCGCAGGAGAACAAGCCCGGAUGGGGAGCGCCAGCCCAGCAAAGAGCUAG